CAGCCCACUUUGCAUUAAAUACAACCAUUGACACUGAGAAGAUCUUCAGAACUGCUGAGAAACCUUCCAAAAACAGCAUCAUGAUCAUCUCCGUGUUUUUGCUAGUCACCCUGCUACCACAUCUGACCCUCCCAGCAUCUGUGCAAGUGGGUAUAGUGAACGGCACAGAAGCCAAACCUCAUUCAAGACCAUACAUGGUUUCGAUUCAGAAAAACAACAAACACAUCUGCGGUGGCUUCCUUGUGUCUGAACGGUUUGUCAUGACGGCUGCACAUUGCUUUAAAAAUGGAGAUAACCUGACAGUUGUGGUUGGAGCUCAUGAUUGCACUAAGGGUUCUCGCCACAUGGAUGUGAAGUUCUACCACAUCCACCCUGGGUAUGACUCUGAAUAUCUGCUAAAUGACAUCAUGCUAAUUCAGCUAAAUGAAAAGGUCAAUAAGACCAAGAACAUCAGCUGGAUCCCCAUACCAAAAAAAGAUAAGGACAUCAAGGCCAAGACCAAGGUCAAAUGCAGUGUUGCGGGAUGGGGGAAAAAAAACACCCAAGGCAGAUCAAGUGCUAAACUUAUGGAGGUGAACGUCACCAUCAUUGACCCAAAAGAGUGUAUGAAGUACUGGGGAAAAGAUUACUCCACCUCACGCAUGGUGUGUGCAGGUGGUCCUGGAGGAUUUUGCCAGGGGGAUUCUGGAGGGCCCUUGGUGUGCAAUAAUGUUGCAGUUGGUGUUGUUUCAUACAAUGAGAGAAACAACUGUAACUCACCUACACGACCGAAUGUCUACACCAAGAUUUCCAAAUUUCUAAGUUGGAUUAAAGCAAUUCUUGGAGGUGUAAAGCAAGAGCUCAACAAGAAAGCAGUUCUGGGAGGAAAGGUGAAGACUGUGAAAAUCCCACAUCAACAUUACAGCAUUAAAAACAACACCCAGUGCUUGGUUGCUGGAUGGGGUUCCACUAAACAGCGUAAAGUAGUUAAUGACCUUUUGGCCUUGAACGUAUCAACUGUCGACAUCCGCGACUGCAAGGAAGCAUGGAAGCAAUACAAAAAGGACAUCCCACAACUUCCACCAAACAUCAUCUGUGCUGGAGGAUAUAAGCAGAAUGGAGGAGUGUGCUUGGGUGAUUCUGGAGGCCCGCUGGUGUGCAAUUCAGUGGCUGUGGGAAUUGUCUCCUUCAACAUAAAGGGGUGUAAAUAUCCUGAUAGCUAUAUAAAUGACUGGUGGUCGCACCAGCAGCAUCUUAUCAAAAUGAGUGCAGCACACGUCCUGUUGCUCUCAGUGACUUUGACGAGCUUGCUACUGACUGGCACUUUUGGAGCUGAUAUCAUCAAUGGCAAAAAAGCCAAGAAGAACUCCAUGCUGUACAUGGCAUCAGUGCAGAUUGAUGGAAAACACAAAUGUGGAGGAUUCCUGAUCCACCCAAGCUACGUGCUCACAGCUGCACACUGCGAUCUAAGUGGCAACAUGACUGUGAUUCUGGGCACCCACAACAUUAGUCCACAAGGAGCAAAUAUGAAAAGAUAUACGGUGCAAAAUAAACAUAGACAUCCAUCCUUCCAAAAUACCAAAAAUGGGAAUGACAUCAUGCUUCUGAAGCUGUCCAAGAAACUGAAAACUGGCAAAGGUCUGAAAACCAUCAAAAUCCCAAGCAAGGACAAACCACUAAAGAAAAAGGCCAAGUGCCAGGUUGCAGGAUGGGGUCAAACUGAACAGGAAAAAGUGGUGAAUGAUCUGCUGGUGACAGAUGUGUCACCUGUCAACUCCACCAUCUGCCAGACAAUGUGGAAAAAAGUGCGAGUCAAGCUCCCAGACAACAUCCUGUGUGCUGGGGGUUUCGAGACCAAAAGUGGCGCUUGCCAGGGUGAUUCGGGUGGACCAUUGGUGUGCAGCGGGACAGCAGUGGGGAUUGUCUCUUUCAACAUGGGACGCUGUGACUACCCUAACGUUCCCAAUGUUUACACUGAAAUUUCAAAAUACAGAACCUGGAUCAAGAACAUAAUCAAAGGAGGAGCUUGAUGUCUAUAAAAAUGCAAUGUGUAUUGUUGUGUAGUUUGCAAACUCAGCUUUUAUGGUGCCAUGUAAAUGCUAACUGUCAAUACUGUCAAUAAAACUAAAAAGAAAAACAAA